AUGCAGAGUGAGAGGAGGCUGCCGGGACGACAGGAGAAAGUCCUGCUCCUCAUCCUCUGUCUGCAGCUGUGGCCCAGGCCCAUGGCUGAAGCGAUUCACCCGGACUGCGCCAUCAUCCAGCAGCACCUGAGGGCUCAAGAGAUCUGCAGCCAGAUGAGGAGGAGCGAGGUGCAGAACCAGAGCGACCACAGCGGGUGUAAAACAGAGUGGGACAUGAUCGGAUGUUGGCUGAGAGCUGACGUCGGGCAGGUGGUCAACGUUUCCUGCUCGGAAGUUUUUCAACACUUUUCCAGCAGUCAAGGGUAUGUUUACAGGAACUGCACUGCGGACGGCUGGUCAGAGAUGUAUCCACCCUACGAGGAGGCCUGCGCGUUCACUGAAGAGCCCGAAUCUGAGAUGAGUUACCUCUCGACGUUCAGACAGGUUUACACUGUGGGCUACGCCACGUCCCUCAUCUCCCUCAUCACGGCCAUAGUGGUGUUGACGGCCUUCAGAAAGUUCCGCUGCACCAGAAACUACAUCCACAUCAACCUCUUCUCCUCCUUCGUUCUGAGAGCCAGCGCCGUCUUCAUUAAAGACACGGUGCUGUUCGCCGACGAGACGCUGGACCACUGCUCCAUGUCCACGGUCGCGUGCAAGUCAGCCGUGGCCUUCUUCCAGUUUAGCAUCCUGGCCAAUUACUUCUGGCUGCUGGUGGAGGGCAUGUAUCUGCAGACCCUGCUCGCCCUGACCUUCGUCUCCCAGAGGAAAUACUUCUGGUGGUACAUUCUGAUUGGAUGGGGGCUUCCGUCGAUCGUUCUCAUACUUUGGGUGUUGACCAGAUUCUUCUAUGACGACAGAGGCUGCUGGGAUGACAACGACAGUGUUGGUAUUUGGUGGAUUAUUAAAGGACCAAUAACAGCUUCGCUGCUGGUCAACAUAGUCAUAUUCGUCAAUGUGAUCCGGAUUCUGGUCCAGAAGCUGAAAUCAUCAACCAUGGCUGGGAACAGCGACACUGGACAUUUUAUGAGACUGGCUAAAUCCACCCUGUUCCUCAUUCCUCUGUUCGGGAUGCACUACACCGUGUUCGCCUUCCUGCCCGAGAACACCGGCGUGGCUGCCAGGCUCUUCAUCGAGCUGGGACUGGGCUCCUUUCAGGGGUUCGUGGUGGCGCUCCUUUACUGCUUCAUGAAUGGAGAGGUCCAGGCCGAGCUGCGGAGGUGGCUGUGGAAGUGUCACAGUCAGAAUCAUCUGACCCCAUCCAAGAGAAGUAUCACUCAGAUCACCAUCCGAUCCCAGAGGGGGCUCGGGGAGCCCCCCUCCUGUGGCAACAUCUCCUCUGUAUGA